CCACAGUUUGAAGUCACUAUCCUUUCUGCAUUUCAAAAUACCCUCCCCACCUUCCCAAGUGCAUCGCAUCAUCUUCAUGGUUUGACCCAGUGGUCGAGGAAACCGGAUUCAGCUGUCAAGGUUUUGAUUUUCAAUUUCUUGCAGGCAAGACCUAAAUUCACUUGUCAUGAAGUCAAACAUGAGCAGCGAGCUUCCCCUGCUGGCACCUGCCACCCCACGCACACCACACGAUACCAUCCGUGGACCAAGUGAUACGGAUGAACCUGCUCAAGUGGAUCGAUUACGUUCCUCGGCCCCCUUUGAUACAGGCUCGAGAACCGCCCAGAGCUGGAAAGCAUCCAGAAAGCCAUCUCAGCCCUCAAGGUUGCAUCAAGCUCGACCCAGUGGCAAUGAACAGUCAGCGCCCUCGCCGCAUGGGCCGUCCGGAGGGAAAACAAAAGGAAGACGACGCACGACCAGACAACCUCAAUACACUCCCGAGGAGUGGGAUUCAAUGAAAGGACCUAUCGUGCAUCUGUACAUUAUCCAGAGUCGGCCGUUGGAUGCCGUCGUACAGCACAUGGACCAGGUGCAUGGAUUCAGCCCUUCGCCCAACAUGUACAAGAAGAAAUUCAAAGAGUGGGGACUAUUCAAGAAUCAAUCAUCGCAUCAGGCGGAAAGUCGCGUAGGAAUAUCGACCGAGCAACUUGCUGAGCGACAUCGACCUGUUAUGGCUUUCCCAAGCAUACCAAAUGCAUGCCGUGGAAAACCAGCUUUCCUAUGGCAAGAAAUGGCAUUAUCCGGCUGGCCUGACGCCGAGAUGAAAGCUUUGGGUCACUUGAUUAAAUCGGCAACGGAUUAUCUCGGCGCCCUCUUCGACCAAGGCCUUGCAAAGGACCUUGUGUCUGGAUGGAAAGGCGAUUCUUUUGGUUUAAUUGUCCCACCUGGACGCGCAGACCACUCUUUGAAGUGGAAACUGGUGGCAGACCAAUGCCAUGGUGCUUCUUCCCUCGUUCAACGGGAUAUGAAGACUCGACACAAAUGUCACAAGACGCUGUUUAACGUUUUCAGAGACAUCGACAAGCUUAAGCAGUAUAAUGACCCCUGGAUGGCUGUGUAUCUAUGGGGAAUCAUUCUUUACCUGCGAGGUAUUUCAUACCGUAUAGAACACCAGAAAGCAGGCGUCCCAUCCGUAAGCCUGGCGCCUCAAAGCGAUCAUCUAGUCGGCCACACGAUUUCAAGACUUGCCAGGCUGACCCUGGAAAAGGAGGGGUCUGGAUGCUACAUGGUGGAUUGCCUCAACUUACUUCGCACUUUCUCCCUUGAGAGAAUGAAAUUGGCGCUAGAGCGAGUCUUCAAAGCCUGCAUAGACUCAUUUAGCAAAUAUCUCGGGGACUGUCAUCCGGUAGUGCUACUAAUGACCGCUCGGUUCCUGAAAUACUGGCCUGCACAACUCGCGGACCACGUCUUACCAAACUAUGAGAGUCUUGUGGCUAUAUCUGAAGCACAGCUGGGGCCAUCGGACGAACGGACAAUCACAUUUUUAACCGAAUAUAUGUACAUCGCCCACUACCAUGCCCACGACAAGCUUCUGACACACAGGUUGGCUCGGAAGAUUUGUAUGCGAACUCACGAGCUUGAAUCUGUGCCUCAGUGGGGGCGAACGACAUACGGCCUGGUGCUUGCCUCCAAGUUGCUGUCCAAGAUUGAGAAAGAUUCAGGCAAAGUCGACAUUUGGCAAUCUCGACUUAACUCUCUCGCGGAUAAACUCCGCAACGGUGAUCGGGAAUGCCAAACGAGGGCCUUGCAGAUUCGGCGCAUGAUGGCCAAUUGGUAUCGAGAGGCGGGAAACGAGCUGAAAGCUUCGGAAGAGACCGCUAAUGCUGAUAUAAUCUUCAAUUACAUGACGGAAGUUGUUGUGCUACAGGGCGGUUGGGAUAGAAUACGUCCAUUUUGCGCUGCUCCUGGGAUCAUUUGCUAGAUUGCUGAGGAAAUUCUUGAUGUCUAGUUUCGUUCGCCGACUGGUAUAUCUUCGUGUCACUAGGACCCUCUUGAAG